AAGCGAGGAGAUCUUUAUAAAGGUUCCCAGGAAUGUUAUUCAAAGACAACAAAAUGGAUAAGUUAGUUUAAAAGUGGAAGGAAAAGGGGAGCAGUUCUCUGAAACACUGUCACUGGGCGUAGGAAGAGCAUGACAUCUUGCAAAUGCAGUUUUAUUCCUAUGAGUAAAAAUGUUGAUUCUUUUAAAACUGUUGAUUCUGCCUAAUUUCUAUCCAAAUUCUAUGGAAAUUUGUUUCCAUCUCUCUGUGCACUUAAAAAUUAGGACUGGUUGCACAAUACAAAGAGGGUUGGCAAGAUUCUGGCCUGGAAAGGAUUGUGUCCUGUGAAAGAAAUUCUUCUGGGACCCUCUUCCCCUUAGUCUGUUUCUCUGUGUUAUCUGAUGAUUUCAGCUAAUCAGUGUAGAACAGAUUUAUGCCAAGAUGGUGAAGAGAGUUUUAUCUUGUGAUUAGCAAAAUGUUCUUAACGUUUGCUGUGUGUCAGGAUUGGCAUUUAACAGCAAUUCGGCUGGCAACAUGAGAGCAGUUUGUCUCUGGUUACAGCAAAAUGUAGAGAAAACAAUUCCAGACUUUGUAAGAGCUGGCAGUCCUUAAUUACAGUCAUCCAUCCCUCUGUUCUCAUGUUUUAAUAGUAGUGAAUUGAAAAAUGCCUACUAAACGCAAUUAAGUAUUUCCCUGCCUGCACUGCACAGACAUAUCACAUAUCGAGGUGUGUACAUUUGUGAAGGAGGAAAUGAAGAAUAGGGAGCGCAGUAGAGAUUAGCAGGAAGAUUUCUAUGUGAUUCUCUGACAUUUUGGAGCAGGUUGCCCGAGAAGGCUGUGGGUGCCCCAUCCCUGGAGGCAUUCUAGGCCAGGCUGGAUGUGGCUCUGGGCAGCCUGGUCUGCUGGUUUGUGACCCUGCACAUAGCAGGGGGGUUGAAACUCAAUGGUCGUUGUGGUCCUUUUCAACCCAGGCCAUUCUAUGAUUUUGGUUUUGUACAUGCUUUGGAGGAAAGGGGGAGAAUUCAGAAAUUCUUCCCCUUUAUUAUGGAAAAGAGAAGUUUGCAAAGGGAUUCGAUCUCAGUUCCUCCCAGCAUUGGCUCUCCUUGUUUGAACCAAUAUAUUUGUGGUGGUGCUUUAUGAUCAUAAAUCUGAACUGCAGCUUUGAAGGAUGAUACAUUUCUUUUACCUUAUGUUACUAUGCGAAGGGCUGGAGGAUGCUUUGCCCUUUUGUAAUCCUUUCUUUGCCCCCAUGGUCUCCCAGUGCGAUAGCUGGAUGACCAGAGCUGCAUUCAGCAGCAAUUGGGCUGGUACAUGGCAGGCAAAGGGUCGUCUCUGCAGCGGGGUCAGGUCAGCACGUCAAUUCCUAGUGGUAGCCAUGUUGCUGACCUCCUUAGCAACUAGAAAGUGCUGGCAACAAAUGCUUCCUGCAUCCAGCAGGGCAAAAGGACAAGGUUUCUAUCUCAAGACUAAAUACAAACGGUCAAGAUUUAGUGUUAUCAGUAGCUGGUAAGUUUGAAAUACUUCUGGGUCCAAAUGUGUGGAACUGUUCAGGAAAUCUCAUAGUGCUCCAUAGUUGCCUUUGUCAGAGCCCUGCUUUGUACAUCUAUGCAAUACUUGGCUCUUGGCAGGACAGCUCUGAGCAGCUUUACAGCGGGCUUUAACACGUACUGGAAUUUGCAUUCCUUUAGAAAACAUAAUGGAUUACAGCUUUUUGUAAUAGGGGAGCUUGUGUAGUAUGAGUUUGAUGUGUUGGUUUGCUCUUUAUAAGACACGUUUUUCAGCAGUUAUUUACUUGCCUUUGUUGUGUUUGAAAUUACAUACCGUUUGUAGAUGAUAGAAUCACUAAUUGUAUCUUUUAUGAGAUGAAAUAAAGGUAAAUUAGGCACUUGAUUGAUAUAUUGCUCACUCUAUCACAAAUUUUACCCUCAGCAUGCUGAAUAUUUCUAAACAAAAUAUAUUUAUGUAAGAUUAUCAGAGAGCAUCACCUCAUGAAUCCUAAUGUGACAACCUCUGAGUAGUUACUGCUCAUCAAAUCUUAGCAUCUCAUUCUUCUGGUGGCAAGCCAUAGUCCUACUGUUGCAAAACAUGACAGGGCAGUGGGAGACCAAAAUAUUUCCUCUUAAUAUAUCAUAGGCAAUUCUGUUCUAGCACUACAGUCAGAAGCUGUCUGCUCAACUAUGAACUUCAGCUGCAGUUUCUCUUUUAGCUUGUAGAGCGGGGAGGGUUGAGCUGUCUCUGUGUAUAAGGAAGUUCUAAAGGAGAGUGUAGGUGUAAGAGAAGAGCUGCGUGUUACAGAGAGGAACAAAAGCUGCAGCUAAUUAAGAACGUUGCUUUCCUUAGGAUUUCCACAGCAAGAGUGUUUCCCUGGAUGUUUAUGUCCCUUUACUAGAUAUAGAUUUAUAGACUCACAGACUUGUUUGUAUUGGAAGGGACCUCAAAGAUCAUCCAUUUCCAACUCAUUUGCUGUGGCUAGGGUUGCCAACCACAAAUUUGAAUCACUGGAAGUCACUGAAGUCAGUGAUAUGGGUUCACAUGACAAAACACCAGUCUGGAUACUUUGAAUUCAGUCUUUAUUUCAUGAGAGCAAUUAGUAAAAGUUACUGAGAUCUUGAGGGUAAUCUGGAAAACAUUUGCUUGACUUGAAAAAUGCCAGCAUGUUGUCUCUUUCCAACUACUGAUAGCUCGUGUUUUAGUCUUGCAGGAAGCUGCCUUUGCAAGAAUGGCUCAUUUGGAAAGAUUCCUGCCCAUGGACCACAGGUGCUGCAGCAUGAUGCCAGCUCUGGACAAGUUCCUGUGCUCCAGUGCCAUCCCUGCUAUCCACCCCUGCUGUAGGAGCUCCUUUGCCAUGCAUUCUGCCUGGAACACCAAGACCCUUGCUCCCCUGCGGUGCCAGUGGAUUGGACGCUGCUUCCCCUCUCUUGGCCCAGCAUGGCAGAGGCUGAGCAUGUCACAGAGAUCAGCCAUCUUAGCCAAAAAUGUCCCUGUUCUGGUGAGAGGGGAGCAUGAUGGAUUUUAUUACCGUGGUACAGUAAAAGAGGAGGUGAAGAAUGAAAGGGGAAUGUUCCUGGUAGAGUUUACCAGACCACUUCAGUUGCAUGGAAGGCAUUCGGUACAUGUGCAAAAAACAGCAAAGGAUGACAUCCUGGAGUAUGCCAAUGGCAUGAAGCAUUCCUUGCUGCCAGGAGACAAAGUAUUGGCACCUUGGGAACCAGAUUUGGUGAGGUAUGGCCCUGGAACAGUCCUCACGGGCAUUGAGACAAGGGACCCUUUACGAGCCUCAGAAGAUGAAGAAAUUAUGGUUCAGUUCUGGAAUGACAAGAAAGUGAACCUGCCACGAGGUGUAGCACUGUGGAUCCCUCCUAGCCUUUGUGGGAGGAUUGUGGAGAUGAUCCACAUGCCUUUCUCCAGCAGGUUAAAGAGCAGAGAAAGUCCUGACACUAACUUGUGCAUUUUUUCCUGCAGUCCUAAAACCACCUGGGUUCCUGUUUGUAUUGCAUGUAGAAACGCUAAGCACAGCUUGCUCUGCUCACCCUGCUGGCCACUUCUCCACUGUUGUUGUGGUGGUAUGUGCUGUUCAUCAGCCUGUGUCCACUCCUUCUGCUGCUGCCAUGGCCGCUUUGAUGUUUGGCGGCCUCUUCCACCCAAGUCUCAGGUCUUUCAGAGAGAAGCUGAAGAGGCAGAGCCCAGCAGCAAAUCCUCUGCACACCUUCUAGAAGUGGAAGGUCCAAAACAAGAGGAGCUAGCAGCUUUGGCAGCACAUUCCCCUUCUGACUCAGUAGGUGAUCUAGAGGUGUUCCCCACUCAGAGUGCUGUAGUGGACGGUACUGUUAAAACAGACCCCAGUCAUCCUGAGAAGCCCAGGCUGGAGGAAUCUGCAGGACCCAAGUGGAAAUACUGGAAAGGGAACCACUACAAGUCUCAUGCCAGUAAUUCAGGUACCUUGAAACACCCUAAAAAGGAAGGAGCAGCCAGAGGGAAAUAGCCAGCAUGUUCUGUGCCCCCCUUCAUAUGGGCUCUCACUUUACCUGUAGUUGAUAUAAAUACCAUACAUUUGCCUGUCAGCUGCCAAUGCUUUAUUUCCUCCUCCCCAGCAUUUCUGCCCCCUCGUCUUGCAUGCUAACUCUUCUUCUGGCAACUCAUCCAGUGGAAAACUAUUAGAAUCUCAUGUGGAGGCAAGUGCCCCUUGCUGAGUUUCUUACUCAUAAUUUUCUGUGCAUUUAAUGAUGCCAGCAUCUUUAUUAACCUUCAUAGCUAGUCUAAGCAGAAUCAAUCACCCAAAAGAAUUCCUUAGAGUGUUUAAAGUACAUUUUUCUCUCUUAAGUGAACGCAUCUGUUUCAAUUCUGAUUUCCCUAUGCUUAAGGCUAAGAUACAAUUUUUUCCCCCAAGGAACUGGCAGACACAGCAGCAUAUGUGCAAAGGGCAAGUUAGAAUCCAAAGCCAACUCUGUUGUAGGCAUGUCCCAUGUUGCACCACCUGAGCAGAGUGCAGUGUUGGAAACUACUGAGCAGCCUCCCAGAAGGCAAUUCACAAUGAGUGAAAUAGUGAAAUACCAGGAUUUCAAGCUGUCAUCAGGGGUAAUUUGUAUUAAUAUUGUAAUUUGUAUUUACUGACAUGAUCCGGUCUGUUUGAAUGGAACAAGUAUUCAUGUUAUUAGUUCAGAAAUUGGCAUUUCUAUAGUAAUUGCCUGCUAUGGCCUUCCACCAAUUUUAUGAUAUGGAGGGGACUUUUCCACUAAUCUAAAAAAAAAUUAUUAACUAAAAUAAAAGUGAGGAGGGCCUGAAGCUCCUUGUUGGAAUGGAAAAGGUUAUGCCAGCAAACAGUGUGAGCAAUCAGUAGAGACUCUACACUCAGAAACUAGCCACUUGUCCACUGACAUUGACCCAAUUAAGUCCUGCAGAAAUAGAGACCAGUCAUCUCUGGCCUUCAGUGUAAAUAAAACCCAAGAAAAGACAGCUUAUACAAAAUUUUUAUGCCAAUAUGCAACUCUAGACAGGUGUGCUCUGUGUUAGCCAAGUGUCAUAUCCAUACACUGCUGACGUGCUUUGCCUUUUGGUAAAACUAGAAAGAAACCAGAGGAGCCUCAUUCUAGCUCAAAACCAGCAGCAUGAAUCGUAGCAGUGGAUACAUGUGGUAACACAGAGCAUUCAUGGACUGCCAAUGGAUUUUUAUCCUGUCUUCCAGGAGGAAGGUUCUGUAGCAUCAUGAAAGCAAAGAUAUAGACAUACAAGAAAGAAAACAGAGUUGGACAAUAAACAUAAAACAAUUUGCUUAGGAGAGGACAAACUUGGCAGUACAGACCGUAACAGCAGAGAACAGAGAGGGAAAGAACAGCAGAGCUCAUGCUAAAGCAGGGAGAGAUGUGAUCCAUCAGAAUUCAGUAACUCUACAGCUGAUGAAGUUCAAGAGCUGAAAUUUCAGGUAAACUGCUUGUACUAUUAGCAAUAUUACAUUUAUUAAGCAAAUGAAGUUCUGAUGUAGGCA